AUUAACAUAACUUUGCAAAAAAAUAUGUUUACGUUGACUUUUAUUUAUUAUGAUAAUAGUUUGUGAAUAUUUCAAAAUUAAGAAUAAUUUUUACAUUUAAAAAUAUUUCAAGUUAAGAUUUCCUAUAGUUCAUUGUAUAUUUGUUGAAACCUAAUUAUAUAGGUUCGAAAAUAGUUGAAUGCAGGAGUAAUUAACCUCGACGUUAAAAAAAAAUAUUUCUUAUUUCAAUGGAUUAUUGGUUUAUAGCAAAAGCAAAACCCAAAAAAACGGCUCAAAGUUGGUUCGAUGCAACGGUUAUAAUGUACUACUUCGUACUAUUUUGUGGUAACUUAAAGACAGGAGUGCAGUAGAGAAUAAAGAAUACUUUAAAAAUAUUUAAAGGCAUAAUGGGAGUGUGCUGUACUCAAAUGGCACUGCUAAUUUAAAGGGAAAAUAACAAAUUGAUAUUUAAAAAUGGAAUUCCAAAAUUCAAUAUCAAGUGAACUGGAUUUAACUAAUGAGAUGGUAAUAUCUGAUGAUCUCAAUAUUAAAGAAGAAAUAACCCAUGAGAUAACAGUUGAUAUAAAACCUGAAAAUGAUGACAGCGACAGCAAUGACAAUCCAUUUGAAAACAUUCAGGUUGAGAUUAAACAGGAAUUCAUUACUCCAAACUCUCCGGAUAAACUAGUUGAAAUAUCAUCCAUCACAGAGAAAAGAGAGGCUGACCUUCGACACACAGUAAUGCAAAUAGAAAAUGAAAUUAACGAGUUAAUAUUACCAAAUACAGAUGACAAUAUUAAAAUGGAGAAGCAAGACGAGGUAAUGGGUUAUGAAUAUCCUAGUAUUGACGAUGGAAGCAUGGACAGUGAAGAGGCACACGCAUUGAACAAUGUUGAAGCCUGUUUACAAGAUGAAAUUAACAUAAAACCUGAAAAUGAUGCUUAUGAGGAUACAACAAAAGAAGAUUUUGACAAAAUCAUAAAGGAAGAAAUGGAUUUAACAGUAACGGAAACUCACUUAAUAUCAAACAAAGUAAUCAACACAACAUCAACUAUCACAAAUCCUCAAGAUGGAGUGAUACAGUCACAAACAACAAAAACAUUAGUAAUGGAAAUUCAUCCUAUGGUUCAGGGCAUCAAUGUUUCAUCAUUGGGUAGAAUGAAUAAUCCUGAAGAGAUUUUACCAACUUCAACUCACAAUGACGACAAUCUCACAAUGGAAUAUGAUAAUUUCCAACUAAACUCCAUAACUGGCAAUGUUUUAUCAUUAGAGCAGGAAGCAUAUGGGCUAUUAAAAGCAGGUCGCUGUGAUGUCAACGACAAGCCAUUCAGCUGCAAUAAAUGUGAUAAAUCAUAUAAGAAAUCGAAAUAUUUGAAGGAGCACAUGCAAGUUCACAAGUCCAUAGAGAAUAGAGCAAUGGGAAUUAUUAAAGGCCUCAAAACGAGAAUGGAGAAUAUGAAGAAACGAAUUUGUAAUGAUCUCAAGAAAGACGUAAAUAAAGUUAUAGAUAAACAUUCGUUUGAGAACAAGAAGGCACGAAUGGAAAGAUUAGAGAAUCGAUCGCGUAUCAAGGAGGAGGUCGUUUUGAAUAUGAAGAAAGAAGGCUAUGAGUGCACUUGUGGACAGAUAUUCAAACGAAAAACUAGAAUGUUGUCGUGUUUACGAUCUCACGAUAUAUACGCGGACACGGAGUCCUGCUUUUCAUGCAUAUCGUGCACCAAACAGUUCAAAGACAAACAGGAGUUAGCGCUACAUCGUAAGCGGUUGCAUCGCAAACGAUUCCCCUGUAAAUUUUGUCCAACAGACUACAGCACCAGAAAAGACUUAUUCAAACACCUUCAAAUACACCAAAAAGUUCAAUUGAUGGAGUACAAAGUUAUAUCGGAAGUUGUUAAAGGGAAACAGAAGCUUAAAUGCUUUAUGUGUUCCAAAACAUUUUCGGAAUUAUCAGAAUUAAAAAUGCACGUGAUGGAGGAUCACGAAGAGCCGUAUAUUUGCCCGCAUUGUAAAGGAACCUUUCCGAAAAUUAUCGAUUUUGGAAAUCACACGAAGACGUACCAUCCAGAAGUUGAAGGACAAUCCGUCUUGGAUGUCCUUGAAGCGUUUUCAAAAUUGGUGCAAGCUUGGAAAUGCGAGGAGUGUAAAUUACAGUUUCAUGCGGCCGACAAAUUUGCCAUGCACCAGGUAGAGAAACAUAGUCCGGAUUUGAAAUUAAAGGAUCAGUUCCAGUGCUCCGAUUGUCGAAGAGUUUUCGUAAGCCAAAAAGGUUUGACGUCUCACAGAAGAAUUCAUCACAACACGGGUAGCACAGAGGAAGCUGAGACCGUCGAGAAGGGUGUCAUGUGCGUUGAAUGUCGCAAGGUAUGUAAGGAUAUGACCGCUCUUACGUCACACAUGCGUCUUCAUUCUCCAGAACGGAAGUAUCCUUGUAAAUUUUGCGAUUUCCGUUUUUCGACCCCGGAGAAGAGAAAGAUCCACGCUGAACUACACACGGGCGACAUGAAGUACGUAUGUUUUAUAUGCGAGUAUCAGUGUAGUUCGGAGAAUCGGUUGAAACAACACAAGAUGUCCUUGAAACACGCGAACAUGAAGGAGUUCCUGUUGACGGGCAAACCGCUGAUCGAGGAACAGUCGACUUCGAAGGAAACGAGGCCUGAAGAAAAAUACGUUAAAAAGAGGAAACAGAGUAAAAGCACGUCGUCUUUAUCGAGUGAUGAAGCGUCUUCGACGUGCGAAGUCUGCGGUGAUAAGUUUCCAAGUGAAAAGAAAAUGUUAGAACAUAAACAAUCUCACCCGUUCAUUGAAUUUCCCAACGACGACACGCCUACUAGGAUAUUUUUUAAGUAGUCACUCUUGCCAUUCGGUUGUAGUUUAGUUUGCACUGUGGUUAUACUCCAUUUAACAAAGCGCUUGGACUAUACAUUUUCUGUGAUCUGAUUGGUUAAUAUAACUUAUAAAUUAUCUCUUUACUCUAAAACUGAUGAACCAAUUUUAAUGAAUGAUUUUAAUCAUUGUAUAAUCUUCUAGAAAAAAGAUAUUAGAGAUAUGUAAAUUAAAACAAUAACGAUCGUAUCGUAUGUAGUACUAAUUCUUCGCGGGCGAAGAGGUACAUUUGGUUUAUGUAAAUUUUUAAAUUAUACUUGAUAGGUUUUUGUAAAUACAAAAACCAAAAUAUUAUUUAAUUACAUACUAAAACUAUUUAUGUGUAUAUUUAUUUUAUAAAUGUAUAAACAAAAAUAACUUAUGUAAACCACUAAAGUGUGUAAAAGACCUUAAUUUUCAUAUAUUAUGUUCUGUGUGCCCAGUGUGUUUAUUUACUUAUUCGAUAGCGUCUUUCAUUGGAAUGUAUGAAAUUAAAACAGCGCCAUCUAGUGACAAUAAUCGGAAUUCCAUACAAGUCGCGGUUGAAGUAAAAGCUAUCGAAAAUUAAAAUAACUUUUUAUAAGAAAUAUCUUUAUAUAUUAUUUUAAUUUAAACAACGUUGUAUUUUUCGUGCUUAAUAUUAAUUUUGAAAAGAAGUACUUAUGUUACAUAUUAAACAGCCUUAUUCCUUGCUGCUAUCAACAUCAAGUCUACUUAUAUCUAAGCACAAGUGGAUCGCAAAGGUAUAACAAAUGUUUUUAUAUCGCUGUAUUAACUUCCACAAUGAAUAGCUUUAACAAAUGGAGUGUAAUUUAUAUAUAUAUAUAUAUAUAUAACUGUUUUAGGUAUAGUUCGGCGUUUUUUUUGUGAUUUGUGUUAAAAAGCUAGUCUGUUAACUCUACAAAUGUAAUUUUAAUU